CCAGUGAGCGCACACAAAGACAUUCUGCUCCAGUGUCCUGUCUUCAAUGAUCCUGGGAGUCAUCUUCAUCCUCAGGGGGGUAUAAGUGAAUUGGCUGACACUUCUGCUGGGACUCCACUAUUCUCUCUGGUAGACAGAUCCCAAGCCAGACAUAAAAAAUGGAUUUCAAUUCAUCCUUCUUGGAUGGCAUGGUUGGGGUAGGGGACAUGAUUCUUCUUAAUUCUCUCUCGGAGGAUUCCCUACUCGAGAACCUAAAGGAACGUUUUAAGAAUGAUGAGAUAUACACCUAUAUAGGAAAUGUAGUCAUAUCAGUGAACCCCUACAAGCAACUCUCCAUCUACACACCUGAAAAAGUGGAGGAAUAUCGAAACUGCAAUCUGUACCAGCUGAAGCCGCACAUCUAUGCCGUGGCUGAUGAUGCAUACCAGUCUUUGCGGGAUCGUGACAAAGAUCAAUGUAUCCUAAUAACUGGGGAGAGCGGUGCUGGCAAAACUGAGGCCAGUAAAUUGGUGAUGUCUUAUGUGGCCGCUGUGUGUGGGAAGGGAAAAGAAGUCAAUCAAGUAAAGGAGCAACUCCUACAGUCAAAUCCUGUUCUGGAGGCUUUUGGAAAUGCCAAAACCAUUCGAAAUGAUAACUCCUCCAGAUUUGGAAAGUACAUGGACAUUGAAUUUGACUUUAAAGGUGAUCCAGUGGGAGGUGUCAUAAGUAAUUACCUUCUGGAGAAGUCACGAGUGGUAAAACAUGUCAAAGGAGAAAGAAACUUCCAUAUAUUCUACCAGCUGCUGGCUGGAGGAGGUGCUCAGCUGCUAGAACAACUAAAGCUGGUGCCAGAUUGUACCAAGUACGUGUACCUGAACAAGGAUGCAAGCAGUUUAACUGGCAUGAGUGAUGUCGAGAACUUUAGAACUGUUAAGGACGCCAUGAAAAUUAUUGGAUUUUCAGAUCCUGAGGUGACCUCAAUUCUGCAAAUUGUUGCAGUUGUUCUGAAAUUAGGUAACAUUGAGAUAAAGGGACAGUUUCAAGCCAAUGGAAUGGCCUCAUGCUACAUCUCAGAUACAAAGGAUAUCAAGGAGAUCAGCUCACUCAUUGGUCUUGAUGCAUCUACGUUGGAAAAUGCAUUUAGUGUGCGUACUGUAGAAGCCAAACAAGAGAGAGUGGUGACAACACUGAACGCAGCGCAGGGAAUGUAUGCAAAAGAUGCCUUGGCAAAGAAUAUGUACGACCGACUCUUCAGCUGGCUGGUACAGAGGAUUAAUGAAAGUAUAAAGGUGUCUGAGUUCCAGGGAAAGAAGGUGAUGGGAGUUCUGGAUAUUUAUGGAUUUGAGAUUUUAGACGACAACAGCUUUGAGCAAUUUAUUAUAAAUUACUGUAAUGAAAAACUGCAGCAGAUCUUCAUACAAAUGACUCUGAAAGAAGAGCAGGAGGAGUACGCUAGAGAGGGAAUUGAAUGGACCCGGAUUACCUUUUUUGACAACGAAAUUAUUUGCAAUCUGAUAGAGGAUAAUACAAAUGGAAUACUAGCAGUGCUGGAUGAGGAGUGCCUGUGCCCAGGAAAUGUCUCUGAUGCCACCUUCCUUACCAAGCUUGGACAAAGGUUCAAAAACCAUAAGCACUUCACAAGUAAGGCUACCCAGAAUGAAAAACGAAUUACAGAUACGACUUUACCCAGCAAUUCUUUCCGAGUAGAGCACUACGCUGGUCAGGUCAUGUACAGUACAAAUGGAUUUUUGGACAAGAACAACGAUCUGCUCUAUCGAGACCUCUCCCAGGCCAUGUGGAAGGCAAAGCAUGAAUUGCUGAAAUCUCUUUUCCCAGAGGGAGAUCCGAAGAAUACAUCUCUAAAACGUCCACCCACUGUUGGCUACCAGUUUAAAGGCUCGGUGUCAACCCUUAUGAAGAAUCUGUAUGCUAAGAAUCCCAAUUAUAUCAGGUGUUUGAAGCCUAAUGGUACAAAGAAAUCCUCCUUGUUUGAUGACACCCUUGUGAAGACACAGGUCCGCUAUCUAGGGCUGCUAGAGAACGUCCGAGUGCGGCGAGCUGGAUACGCUUACAGACAAGAGUACAAGUCUUUCCUGGAACGGUAUAAGGUGCUGAGUAAACUGACAUGGCCCAGGUGGACAGGAGACGCACGGACUGGAGUAGAGUCAAUGUUAAAAGACCCAGAAGUCAAUAUUACAUCUGAGGAACUUGCAUAUGGAAGAACAAAACUGUUUAUCAGAACGCCAAGCACACUUUUCGACUUGGAGGAGAAGCGCCGGAAGAAACUAAAUGAGCUGGCCACCCUUAUACAGAAAACAUAUCGUGGAUGGAAGAUUAGGUCUCACUUUUUGCUUAUGCGGAAGAGUCAGAUCAUCAUUUCUGCAUUUUACCGUGGCCAAACACAAAAGAAAAAAUAUCAGAAAAUAAGGUUCUCUGCCUUACUUUUACAAGCGUACAUCCGAGGCUGGAAGGCACGUGUGUUGCUGAGGCGAAUGAAAAAUUUUCACCGCCAAUCAGAAGCAUCAUCCAUUAUUUGUGCUUAUUGGAGGGGAUACAAGGUGAGAAGGGAAUACGGGAAAUAUUUCCGAACAGGUGCAGCAAAGAAAGUGGCCAACUUCAUCUACAGGAGGAUUAUUCAAAAGUAUUUCUUGGAACUUAAGAACAAUCUUCCACCAAUGUCUCCAACAAACAAAACGUGGGCACCUCCCAAAUAUAAGUUUCUUACCAGUACAAAUGAAGAAUUGAUGAGAUUAUUCCAACUUUGGAAGUGCAAAAGAUACAGACAGACUCUAACCCCUCAGCGCAGGGUGAUCCUCCAAGAUAAACUCACAGCCAGCGACCUCUUUAAAGGCAAAAAGAAGUCUUAUCCAGCCAGUGUUCCAAGACCAUUCCCAGGUGACUCUGUAGGUAUACAGAAAAACCCCAAACUUCAAAAACUGAUGUCUACUGUUCAAGGAAGGAUAGAGGUAGCAGCCAAUGUACAAAGAAUAAGCAAAACUGACGGCAAGGGAACAGCCAUGAUAAUUUUGCUGACAAAAAAACAGGUGGCUCUUGCUGAUUCAAAAGGUCAAGUGAAGACAUUUGUCAAUGUGGAUGAGAUUGCCAGCGCCUCUGUAAGCAAGUUCAGCGAUGGCCUGUUCCUCUUACAGCUGACCCAGAAUUCAACUCCAGGAGCAAAGGGAGGAGCAGGUGGAGAUAUUCUUCUCGCAAGUGACUCUGUCAUUGAGAUCCUGACAAAACUUUAUCAAAACGUACAAGAAACUACACUAAAGAAAUUAAAUGUUCAGAUUACAGAUGAGUUCUCAGUGAAGUUCAAGAAAGACCCAGUGGUUCUGAAAUUAAUUGAAUCAGCUGGACCUGGACAAAAUGGUAAAGGCCCCGUGUUCAAGAAGAAAGGAAGUCAAAGGGUAGAAGUCUUCGUAUAGUGCCCUCCCUGGUCUUCAGGCACAUGCUAGUCCAGAAGUUAACUUCAUAGGAGGCAGAUGUGUUGAUGUACAAUUCCAUCAUUGACUUAUUAACAUUACCGGAGCGUGAGGAAUAAAUUAGGAGGAAUCAACAAGGAACCUUCAAACCUCCACCUUUAUCAAAAAUGGUUGGUAGAAAAACUUCCCAUUUUUGCUUUAAUUUUUAAGAGAAGAUUAUGAAAUAAACGCUGCAUUGUGAUUGGCUCGUAUGGACAACAAGGCAAGUUUUUCUAUCAGGCAGAUUUGAUAAAUGGGUUCGGUCAAUGUGAACACGUUCUUCUGUUUGCUGAUUCAGGACCUGCUUUUUACAUGGAUUUAUUGCACACAAGGGGCCUCCUACAAAAACUGCCGAUAGUAACCAAUAAGUUCUUUUUAGAAAAUUAUAGUUAAAGGGGUU